AGGGGUGUGGUAGCCGGCUGUCCUCGCGACUUUUGCCGCCCCCCCUCCGGCCGGCCUGCUCCUGUCGCGAGACUUUCUGCUCCUCCGCCGCUCCCCUUAUCGUCGCCUUAGCCGGGGACCCGGACCCAGCCUCACCCCUACUCGGUCACCAGCCCCGGCUCUUCCGAGGCCUCGGUCCCCCAGCCCCGCCUCGCCGCCGCCAUGGCGGACCCUAAAUACGCCGAUCUCCCCGGCAUUGCCAGGAACGAGCCAGAUGUUUAUGAAACCAGCGACCUACCUGAGGACGAUCAAGCAGAGUUUGAUGCGGAGGAACUGAGCAGCACAAGUGUGGAACACAUCAUCGUCAACCCUAACGCUGCCUACGACAAGUUCAAGGACAAGAGAGUGGGGACAAAGGGGCUGGAUUUCUCAGAUCGCAUUGGAAAGACCAAGAGGACAGGCUAUGAGUCUGGAGACUAUGAAAUGCUUGGAGAGGGUCUGGGAGUGAAGGAGACUCCGCAGCAGAAGUACCAGCGACUGCUGCAUGAAGUCCACGAGCUGACAGCUGAGGUGGAGAAGAUCAAGACAACAGUGAAGGAGUCAGCCACUGAGGAGAAGCUCACCCCCGUGGUGCUGGCUAAACAGCUGGCAGCUCUGAAGCAGCAGCUGGUGGCUUCCCACCUGGACAAGCUUCUGGGACCAGAUGCUGCGAUCAACCUCGCUGACCCAGACGGAGCCCUAGCUAAGCGCUUACUGCUGCAGCUGGAAGCAACAAGGAGCAGCAAAGGCAGUUCAGGAGUGAAGGCUGCAGGCGGGGCCCCCCCAGACAGCAGCCUUGUCACCUACGAACUCCACUCACGGCCUGAGCAGGACAAGUUCUCGCAAGCUGCCAAAGUUGCAGAACUCGAGAAGCGUCUGACAGAACUGGAGGCCACUGUCCGCUGUGAUCAGGAUGCUCAGAAUCCCCUGUCUGCAGGUCUACAGGGAGCCUGUCUUAUGGAAACAGUAGAACUGUUGCAAGCCAAAGUGAGCGCCCUGGACCUUGCAGUUCUGGACCAAGUAGAGGCUCGGCUACAGAGUGUUCUGGGAAAGGUGAAUGAGAUUGCUAAGCACAAAGCAUCUGUGGAGGACGCAGACACACAGAACAAGGUGCAUCAGCUCUAUGAGACCAUCCAGCGCUGGAGCCCUGUCGCCGCCACCCUCCCUGAGCUGGUACAGCGACUUGUCACCAUCAAGCAGCUGCAUGAGCAAGCUAUGCAGUUUGGUCAGCUCCUGACACACUUGGAUACCACCCAGCAGAUGAUGGCCAGUUCCCUUAAGGAUAAUGCCGCUCUCCUGACCCAGGUGCAAACGACGAUGCGUGAAAACUUGGCCACAGUUGAGGGGAACUUUGCCAGCAUUGACGCUCGGAUGAAGAGGCUGGGAAAGUGAGCGCCCUGGGGAGCAGGGGCGACCCUUGUCCCUGAGCUUUGUCAGCUGCUUCCACAGGGUCACUCACAGCCCCAGCCCACCUGACAAGGGCAAGGGUUCUUGCAUGUGGGGUGCGCACCCUCCCCUGACAAACAGCGUGGGAUCUGGGGACGCUUAUUGGAUGAGGUUGUGGGCCCAGCCACAUGCAGUUCACGUCCAGUAAGUGCUUUGCCUGCUGUGGGAGAGGACAGGAUGGUGUCCUCCAGCAUCUCUGGCUGAGUUUAGUUCUGUACAACCGUCUCUAUUAAAUGCUGUUGUACCGUGGA